AUGGCCACAACGGCCCCCACGACGGUGACGGAGGAGAACCACCCUCGACAUGACGACUUUACGGGCUCGGCUGGACGCCCCGUUGUCAAGGACGCGGCCGUCCCAGCCGUCGCGGCUUCGACCGUCAUGGAAGAGGCCGGCGAGACCGAGAACGAGCCGCGGAAGAGAUCUCUCUGGAUAGCAUGGCUGUACAUGUUCGACUGGUAUCCCUCGCACUUGUCCAAGGAGGAGUCCCAUUUCCUGAGGAAGCUGGACGCGUUCCUCCUGACCUUUUGCAGUGUGGCAUUCUUCCUGAAGUGGCUCGAUUCUUCCAACAUCAACAGCGCAUACGUCUCCGGAAUGAAGGAGGAACUGAAGCUCUACGGAAAUGAAUACUCGCUCUUCCAGACCUUCUACAACGUCGGCUACAUCAUCUGCCAGGUCCCGGCCAUGCUCAUCCUGUCCCGGCCAAAGUACUCGAGGUACUUCCUGCCCACCAUGGAGGUGCUCUGGAGCAUCUUGACGUUUGCGCAGUGCAAGCUGCAGACCGCGCCCCAGAUCUACGGCACCCGCUUCCUCCUGGGCGUCCUCGAGACGCCCGUGGCCUCGGGCUCGCUGUUCAUCCUCUCGUCGUGGUACAAGCCCGAGGAGCUGUUCAAGCGCGCGGGCUUGUGGUAUGUAUCCAAUAACUUUGGCGUCAUCCUCGGAGGCUACCUGCAGUCGGCCGCCUACACCAACCUGAACGGCGUGGGCGGCAUGGCCGGGUGGCGCUGGCUGUUCAUAAUAGACGGCUGCAUCAGCCUGCCGCUCUCCGUCAUGGGCUACUUCAUCUUCCCCGGCAUGCCGACCAGCGGCAAGCCCUGGUGGCUCUCCCAGAGCGAGUACGAGCUCGGCCAGCGCCGCAUGCGCGACGAGGGCGUCGAGGAGCCCAAGAAGAUCACGGCCCAGAUGCUCCGCCGCCUCUUCUGCCACUGGCACUGGUACGUCGGCGUGCUCGCCUACGUCCUCUUCCUCUCGGGCGCCUACCCCCACGGCCAGAUGAGCCUCUGGCUCAAGUGGCAGGCCGACAAAUGGGGCACCUACACCGUCCCGCAGAUCAACACCAUCCCCACCGGCGCCCAGGGCGUCUCCGUCAUCGCCGCCGUGCUGGCCACCUCCCUGUGCAUGGUCUACCCGACCUGGGCCAUCUUCCAGGUCGUCAUGGCCAUCUUCAUGUUCGCCAACAUCUGCCAGAUGAUCUGGUUCAUCCCGCACGGCCUGCACUUCACCGCCUACUAUCUCUUCGGCGUGAGCGCCGCCGUGACGCCCAUCCUCGUCCCCACCGUGAACUACUGGAUGAAGGACUCGGCCGAGGCGCGCGCCUUUUGCACGGGCAGCAUGCUGACCUUUGGCUUCGCCGUCUCGUCCUUCUACCCCAUCGUCGUGUUCCCCGUCAUCGAAAGCCCUCGCUGGAAGAAAGGGUAUAUUGUGAAUUUCUUUUUUAUUUUGGGCUGCUGGUUCUUUCUGUCACUGGGCUUCUUCCUGAUUCGCAGGGAGGAGAAGCGUCAGAAAGAGAGCAGGGCACUGUUGGACGAAGAGCACCUGAAGGGCGGUGAUGUCAAGCACGUCGAUUAG